UCCACGGUACUGUACAACAGUCCACCAGCGUGAACAACUUCGUUGCGAUGCGUUACGCCGACAUCUGUCGCGACAGCAGCAUACCGAGAUACAGAGUCAGUCGCACAGCAUGAAGAAGUUUAAAAGACAGCUGGCCGGGUACGACAAACUGCGAACGACCAAGGACCGGUCGAUCGUCGAGGCGGAUCAGAUCUCUGAGCAGACGCCGUCCGUUUCAGAAAGCUGCAAAAGUAAACACGGUAGUUCCCGCGCAAACCGACUAGACGCUCCGUAAUAGGUCCGUUUAGAGAGAUCGAUACUGGUAUCAAUCGUUUGGCACAGAGCGAGUCUGGCCAAUGGUGUGAGGAAGGCAGAGAACUUGAUAACAGUAUAAAUUGACGACAUCUGACAGGGAGCACGAGAUUCCGUCUUUGUGGUGCGAAGCUAGCAGUAGUGUCAAAGACUAGGACUGCAGUUCUAGAAGCACCAUUCACAGGAUCCAGUUACUUUGACAGACUAGCGCAGUUCUGGAAGCAUCACUGACACUGGUAUUGUCUCGUCUACUGCAUCUAGUUUGGACUGGCAGUUAAGAUAGUUGGACGUAGCAUCAGACGCUAAGCACUACCUACCAGCCGUUGUUGUCAUCAUAACGGAGUUAGCAUAAGACAUAAAAAAGGAUACAACAUUUGUCUUUAAUCUGUGCUCAGACUUAUCAUCGACGAAUUUUGCAUCAGCUUUUAACGUACAUUAACGUCUGUGUAGCUGCAAUUUUUUUCUCUCAUAAUUUAGAAGACAUUUUUGGUUAUAUAUGACAAUGUUACGCAAGCCAGAUUUAUCCUUGGAGUCGAAACCUCAGACACUGUUGUCAGUGAACGAAGAUAUUCGACCGAGAGCCAACACUGACCCGACAAACGGGAAAGAUGGCUCCGUGCAACUCCCGGAAAUAAUGGUGGAGGAUUUCUCAGUCGAGGGCCAUUCGGCAGUAGCCGACGUUUCCGACGGCGGGCUGAUCAUACCGCAGCAGAGACAACGUGCCAACACGUGCCCGGAAGAACUCUUCAGGAAACGGAGGAACAGACCGGCCACUCCUCCGCCGUGUCGAAAAUCCGGACCAAACAAAUUCGUGUUCAAGACGCCACCAAAACGGGAGCCUAUUUCGUUUGUCGUUCACAAACUUGGCAAGCUUUCAGAAGACAGCGAGAGUUCUAGUUUCUCCUGUCGGGGACUCUCAAAAUCGUUUUCUGGAGAUCGAUACAGAACUGAGGCAAACAGGAGGAAGUCAAUGCCAGAUUCACGAAUUUCCAAAAACUGUUCCUUUCGAGCCAAACCUUCUUUGAACGACUCCAUUCAGUUUCCACGAGAAGAGACACCAGUUAGUAUUUCGGAAAAACAGACAUCUGUUUUGCCAGAAACACUCGUGUGUGAGUCUGCUGGACUAAAAUCUCUGGGUCUUGAAGAGCGAGGUACGUGCCACUCCAAAGAAUGUAGGUAUACGGGCAGUUUAUCUCGCGUUAUAGACGCUACACAACUGCAGGCGUAUUGACUUGUGCGGUUACAACCAUCCUGACUGUGAUAACAGUAGUACAUGACCGAAUGUUAAGAGUUUUUAAGCAGAAUUUUACUUUGAAGCAGAUCGUGUACAUACGUUUGUAGAUGUAAAUAUCUUCAAGAAAAUCAAAACGACUGGUUUAAGAAGAGAAAAACAAAAACUAUUUUAAAUGGUAUUUGUUGUAUCAUACAAAGUGUAAUUUAUAUGGUGUGAUGUCUUCAAACACCAUGUUAUAAUUUGUUGUGGAAAAAAGUAUUUGUUUUUAAUUUGUUAUUGCAGAAUAUAGUUAUUUUAUAAUAUUUUAUGUUCCGUUUUACAGUUUUCACCUAAAUGGUUAAUGACUUAAAUCUUUUUUUUUUUUAAAGUUGCAAUCUUGACUCACCAUACUAUAUCUUUUACCAAUGCAAAAUUUAAUACAAUAUCCUUGUAUGGUCUUGCUUUUAUCCGAUAUCGUCAUCUGACAAUAUGUAUAACUGAUUAAUAUCGUCGACAUUUAAAACUCUAAACAGCUCACCAACAUGAUUAGGUGUAACCGAUGUGGACGUUACAUAUAUUAAUCAAAAGGUUGGACUAAAAUAUUCCGAAGGCAUGUUCAAAAAUACAUUUUUUAAAAUCUCCUGCCCGCAGAAUACAUAAUUUUCUACAGGAAAAUUCCACCCAACUCAUGCCAUCACAACGAGAGAAGUAGAAAGCUACGAGAUGCCAAUUUCACUAACAUUGCCUUUAAGUGUGGCCUAGAGUGAAGAGAAAUAUCAAAGAAAAUAGACGAAUAUCAUUAUGGGGAAAAACAACCCAGAACGUGAUGCCUAGUCUAAAUACAUAUACUAGUACCUAAAUCAGAGCUGGUUUAUUCUAGUAGCACAUGUAGCACGUGCUACCGGUCCCGCGCUUCAGGGGGCCCCGCGGUGAUGUGUACAUUUAUUUUCCACAGGUAAUUUGUUUCCUCUCCCCGAGGGGGUUGCAAAAUAUAUAUCCUGAAAAGUGGGCCCCGCUGUUUUUUGUGCUACAGGCCCCGGUAAUCCUUAAACCGGCUCUGACCUAAAUAUUAAAUAUAUGUUUGAGAUUGCAGCUUUCAAAUAUUUUUUCCUCCAAUAAACAUGUACAAUGGAGUUUGAUUUUUGACAAUGUACAGAACAGCAAAAGAAUCGCGAAUAUUUUAAUAUAUGUAUAAUGUUUUUCACCUAAAAAAUUAAUUAACUGUCAAAAUAGGCCUAACAUGAUUACAGGACAUUAUUUUAAUAGACACAAAAUUAAUAAUUAAAAGAAAAUUAAAGAAAAUUAACUAAUAUUCGCGUUUCUUUUGUUGUUGAGUAUAUUUAGAUGUUUUUUUCAACUGGAAUAACGGUCUAUUGAACUAAACAUAGUGUUAUGUAGUUAUGUAUAAUUUAUAAUUCAACAGCAAUGGUUCAUUGUUUUGGUGGAACAAAAGUCAUAAGUUCUGUUAUACACCUGUUAUAAUUGUUUCAUCUAUAGUUCGUCACAUAAUUCUAUAAACCUGGGUGUUUUUUUUAAAAAUAAUUUCAGUUUGGUUUGACGUAAGAAGACAAGUGAAAGCGUUUUGGAAAUAAUAAAAAACACUUCUUUUUGUGUGCAACUUACAAAUCAAUCAGUUCAAAAAUAAAUAAUUCGUAGUAAAUUCAAUAGCAUGAAAAAAGGCGUUUUCUGUGGGACGGACUAUAGGUGCAAGUUUAAAUUACUUGAUAUCAUUAUUUUCAUACAUCAAUAACAAUAUUAUAAUUUUCAUUUUAUAAGUGGAAUUGCGUUUUUGGUGUCUUGUGGAUAUUUGGUGGAACAAAAGUCAUGAGUUUGUUAUACACAUAUCUUUGUUUUUCAAUUUGGUGGAGAUAUAAAUUACUUGAUAUCAUUAUUUUUAUACAUCAGUAACACUAUCAUAUUUUUCUUUUUUUAAAAUUUGGAAUUGUGUUUUUGGCAUCUUGCGGAAAUAUGUCUUUGAGAAUAUAAUUUCUUGAUCAUUCCAACAGUUUGCUUUUUAUAACGUGUGGAAUUGCGUUGUUGGUGUCUUGUCAACUAUGAGAAUAUUUCUAGAUUAUUCUCCCAUUUCUCAGACACAACAGAGCCAAUAUUUAUGUAUGCUGUUACAGGCGAUCGAUUCGUUUCACACCACCAUUAACUAUU